CAGCAGGGCUCCUCCACCUCGGAGCAGGUGAGAAGAAGAGACAGCUCCUCUGCUCCUCUGCAAGGACGCCAAGCACAGAGGCAAGCCAGCUGGGACCUCUUUCUCUCUGGCCACAUCCAGCCUCUCGGAGGGGCGAAGGUGGAUCCCGCCCAAAUGGUGACCAUGGUGACCAAGCUGGUGCACUACCUGCAUCUCAGCCGUAGAUCUGGCCAAUAUACGAUGAAUCAUGACAACUCUAGGAAGCCCUCAGGGAAGCCUCCCUAUGAUCGCUCAGGUUCUCAAGAUUCACUGGAUGAAUUGUCCAUGGAUGACUAUUGGAAGGAACUUGAAAACAUCAAUGAAACCAGAGACAACGAUCAUGAGAAACAAGAAGUGGUUAUGGUGAAAGAACCUGAUGAGGGAGAACUAGAAGAAGAAUGGCUAAAGGAAGCAGGUUUGUCAAACCUCUUUGGAGAGGCUACUGUGGACUCUCAAGAAAGCAUGGUGGUUUUGGCGACUUUGACCCGGACUCAGGCAGCAGCAGUUCAGAAACGAGUGGAUACUGUCACACAGACUAUGCGGAAGAAAAAUAAGCAGUACCAAGUUCCUGAUGUGAGAGAUAUCUUCAAGCAGCAAAACGAGUCAAAAGAAAAAGAAACUGACAGCAAAUUCGAGUCUGUAAGGACAAGCGAAACAAAAGAGGAAGCAAAAGAGGCACACAGCCAACAUAUUGGUGACAACAGCACAAAGGAUGAUGUGCCAGCAGCUGAAACAGACAUAAAUCUGGAAAUAUCAUUUUCUGAACAGGCAGCUAGUCUCAAAGAUAAUCCAAUAAACAAAGUGUCAAAGGGCAAAGAAGAUGACACACUCCUUCCUAAUUUCAGACUGCCAAAAGACAAAACGGGUACAACCAAGAUUGGAGCCCUUGCACCUCAGGAUAUGAAGAAAAUCCAUGCCUUGGCUCUGAUUGAACUGACCGCUCUCUUUGAUAUACUUGGAACAGAACUUAAGCCACAAAAAGCAAUAAAAAUUAAAAUAAAGGAAUCUGGUCUUUUUGGUGUUCCACUAUCAGUUUUGCUAGAACAAGAUCAGAAGAGGGUGCCAGGCAUAAGGGUGCCACUUAUCUUCAAAAAACUCAUUUCCCAGAUAGAAGAGGGAAAACUGGAAACAGAAGGACUUCUUCGAAUACCUGGUGUUGCUGCAAGAGUGAAGAAUCUUUGCCAAGAGCUUGAAGCAAAGUUUUAUGAUGGGACUUUCAGCUGGGAAAAUGUAAAGCAGCAUGAUGCAGCAAGUCUUCUAAAGCUUUUUAUCCGAGAACUGCCUCAGCCACUGCUUACUGUGGAAUAUCUCAAGGCUUUCCAGGAUGUGCAAAAACUUCCAACAAAGAAGCAUCAGCUACAAGCACUGAAUCUUUUGGUCCUCCUUCUCCCAGAGGGAAACAGAGAUACUUUGAAGGCACUGCUUGAAUUUCUUCAAAGGGUAAUUGAUCACCGUGAUAAGAACAAAAUGAACCUAAAGAAUGUUGCCAUGGUUAUGGCCCCAAAUCUGUUUAUGUUUCAUGGUUUGGGCUCCAAGACCACAGAACAAAGCGAUUUUGUUAUGGCGGCUGGGACAGCAAGUGUCAUGCAUUUUAUGAUUAAAUACCAAAAUCUUCUUUGGACUAUCCCUACAUUUCUCGUGAACCAAGUAAGAAAGCAAAAUGCUGAAAGUCAGAAAAAGGAGAAAAAAGACAAAGCAAUGAGGAAAUUGCUGAAAAAAAUGGCUUAUGAUCGAGAAAAGCACGAGAAGCAAGACAAAAGCAGCAACGAUAUAAAAUGUCUCAACGAAGCUGAUGUUCCUCAGGGAGUAAUACGGGUGCAAGCACCUCAUCUUUCCAAAGUUUCCAUGGCAAUCCAGCUGACAGAAGAAUUAAAAGCUGGUGAAGUUGUUGCCAGAUUCCUCAGCCAAAAAAGUGGAACUGUUCAAGUUUUGAAGAAAGAAGAGGUGUUUUUAUAUGAAGUUGGAGGAAAUAUUGGCGAACGUUGUCUGGAUGACGAUACCUACAUGAAGGAUUUGUAUCAGCUAAACCCAAAUGCAGAAUGGAUUGUAAAAUGUAAAAACUGCUGAAGUUGUGAAUCUGUGAAGAAAGAGAUGCAGACGGAUUUUUGUAAUGUUAUAAGCAUUCAGGUCUACCAAACUAAAAGGGCAGUGUGAUCAUUUGAUACUUGAACUACACCAUCAAAGGGAUAUUGUCAGUACUACAGUUGGCUUUCAAGGAGUCCCCUUCCCUUUGUCUCAAGUCAGUAUGAGCUAGUAUAGCAAUGCAGGGUAAGAGUAAGCUGUGCAGGGCCAAUAUGUACAGUUCUUUUCUUAUGGGAACUAUUGUGCCUUUGAAAUGGUCCCAUCUGAUUAUUUGUACUUUCCAACAAAAACAAAGAACAAGUUUUUUUCUUAGCAAAGACAUCUAUAAACCACGAGAUAUAAAAAGCAUUAUUUCAUGGGACCUAAUUAUCAAAAUCUGGUAUAUGUAUGCCAUGUGAAAACAAGGCAGUGGUGAUGUGUUGUAUGUAACGGAAAGAGGUACCUGCCUACUGUUGCAAGUAGAUGCUUAUUUAUAGUUUCAGGUUUUAUUAGAUGAUUUGUCCUCACUGUUCCGAGGAAUACAUUUCUGUGAAGACCUUAAUGUGAUUCUACUGACAUAGCUAGUAGACUCUGAUGCCAGUAAACUCUCUCAUCAUGAUGUUUAAAAUUUAUUAUUAAAUAUAGUUUGUCAUUCUUAUGCAUUCUGUGCAGAUUAAGCUGUCUGAAUGUCACAUCUCUAAAGUUGCUGCCAUUCUAUAUCCCAUGAGAAAUUUGAUUUGAGCAUUUUCUUAAGGGCAAUGUUGCUACCCAAAAUUAUUCACUUGUCAGUGAAGAUAAACAUUGCUAAGAAAAAUCAAAUGUGUUUAUUCCCACAGUGAUCUAACAGGGGAGUUGUGGCUAAUUAUUUUCAAGCAAGUGCUUACCUGCAAUAGUUGGGGCAUGCAUACUACCAAUGAAUAGUGAUUGACAUUGAUCCACAUAUUUAUAUUCUGUUGGUUUUGUUUUAUGGGAGGGAAACUGCAAGCAUUCUCUCUCUCUCUCUCUCUCUGUGUGUGUGUGUGUUUGGAUUUUUUAAAUCAUCAAAUGAAAUCACCUUUUUUGGAGGUGAAAACAGCACAAAAAGAACAGGUAAUGUUCAGGAAUAUAGCAUAUUGCUGAGAAGGAAGAAAUGUACUGGAGUUAGGAGUUAUAUUUCAAGGCACUUUUCCAUUUUCAUCAUGGGAUAAUUCUUGCUAUUAUUCUCCAACUUCCUCAAACUGGAACCCUCCAGAUUUAUAGGAUUAUAUCCUCAUUAUUCCCAGCCACCAUGUCCCUGCUGGCUUGAAUGAUGGAAGUUUUUGCUUAUCUGGAAGACACAAGAUAGGUGAAAGCUGUCUUGUGACAAUAACCAAUUAAGCACAAGCUUCUGUUAUGUCAUUGUUGCCAUUGUAGCUUCUCUGGCUUUUUGAUACAGUAUUAGAGAAGCAACAGAUGUCAUAGUUGUCGUGUGGCCACUGUAAAGAAUGAGUUGUAGAAGGAUGCCAUUUGAAUGGCAUGUGGACUGCUGACAUCUCCAGUGAACUGUAGCUUAGUCUCCUGUUGUAAAACAGUUUUUCUAAGUAAUGUGAAUACACCGUGAAUAAUAGUAGUCAAUGCAGGUGAGCUCCCCUCCUUCUCCGUCUCUCAGGAAUUACCACUAGACAUUUCAGGUCAAUACAGAGAGGAGAGGAAAUGUCUGACCUGAUCAGUAGCUAGUUCUCAGUUUCCUAGACUUUCCCUGUCUCCACUGCCAUAUGCCAACAAUUACUGUACCAAUAACGGUGAACUUUGCCUUCCCUUGGUAUGCAGUACUAGCCAUUAGUGUCAUCAGUGGAAUGGGAUCCACUUGUGGAAUGGACAACUCUUGAAGCACCUAUGCAUUUCCGAGAUCAGUUCCAGAAAGUUGACAGAAGCAUGUUUGGGGAGGAAGUGGGGAGAAGGAAGGGAGAAAUGAGAGGCAAAGUACCACUAUUGAUAAGAAAGUUCACUUGCAUGAUGUUGGACGAGUAUUCUCUUCACCAAACAUUUUUAAUAAAGAGAAAACAUGAAAAGGCAAUACUUAUGAAUCUAGAAUCUAAAUUUUAAAGAUCAUAUAGGUGCACAAUUCAGUAAAUUGUGUUUAUAAUACUUUUUAUAGUCCUUAGCUGUUCCGAAUAAGAUUAAUAUGAGGAGGGAAAUCUAGGUAUUUAAAUCAAGACCAAUUGAUGCUGUUGAGAACAGCAGCUGUGGUCAUUAAAAACAAACUAUCAAUGGCCUGUAGAUUUAAUUUUUUUAAAAGAUAACUUCAUUGCUGCUUUAGUGCCAUUAUCUUUUUAUUACAAUUUGAAAAGCUUUUAUACAUAAAUGGAUUUUCUUAAUGCUGUUUUAAUUUGAACUAUUAAAUGUAUACAUGAAGUAUAUACAAAAGAUACACUGACUAGUAGGGAAUCAGCUAAUUUGUUUUGUUUCCACACUUGUGUAGAUUUGUACAUAAAAUGAGAUGUUUCAGAUGAAAA